GGGCCGGAACAGGGUGGCACUUCCCAGGAGCUCCAAACCAGCGACGUCUUUCGAAGAUAGGGGGCAGAGUGGGCGGUUGACCGUUGGCCUGGUAGAUCGGGGGUGGGGAGAGCUGUUGCUUUCAGUACGUGGCCUUGAACCCCUAUUCUGUUGCUCUCAUUCGCCCGAUUCAUCCUCAUCCGGGGUUGGAGGGCAUCGGUGCCCCCUGUCUCCUUAAUGAAAAGUUCAUUUUAAUGACCCGUCUGGGACACGCCCGGUCCGGCACCAUAGAGACUCCGGUGGGAAUCCCUGCCUCGGGGCCAGCUCCCGGUUCCAAAGCCUGGAUAGGCAUCCAUGCUUAGAAGAUGGCAUUUCAUGCAUCAAAAUUAAAAGAUAAUACCAAACUCAAUCCUGCAGCAGAUUUGAAGGAAGAAGAUUUGUCUAAGCCUACGUAUUUCUCCGACAGAGCCAUUUAUGAAAGCAAAGAACUGGACAAUGAAGCCGAAGAGCUGGAGCAUGAGGCCGAAGACGUGGACCUUAAGUCCGAAGAGCUGGACCAUAAGACCGAAAAGCUGGACCAUAAGGCCAAAGAGCUGGACCAUGAAGCCAAAGAGUUGGACCGUUGCACCGAAGAGCUGGAACAUUGUGCCCAAGACUUGGGUCAUCAUGCCCAAGACCUGGGUCAUCGCUCCCAAGAGCUGGGUCAUUACUCCCAAGAGCUGGACAUUGACACCCAAGAGCUGGAUGUUGACCCCGAGGACCUGGAUGUUUACACCGAAGAGAUGGGCUCUGAGACCCUACUGCUGGACCCUGAGUCUGAGGGGUUGGUCCUUGAGGCUGAGAAGGUGGACCGUGAGACAGAAGAGGUGGACCAUAAGGCAGAAGAAGUGGACCAUAAGACCCAAGAACUGGAACGUGCAGCCGAAGAGCUGGACCCUAAGCCUGAAGACCUGGGCCCUGAAUCUGAAGAUCUAAGAGAUUAUCUUGGUAGGGAGGGUGGCUUGCUUUCUGACCAGGCCGUGUUGGUGCCCUGCACAUUAGCCAUCUCCGUGGCCUUCCCAGAGGUUACUGCUACGAAGCAAAAGAACCUGCUUGCAGUGGAAAAAAAAAAAAGCUACCUGAAGUAGUUCCAGGAAAACAGCCACGUUUCUAUCA